CGUGCAUUGUGGGCACCUGUCAACCGCGGGCGCAUGCGCAGUCCGUGCGGGAGGCGGAGAGGACGCUGAUCGCUGUGGGCUGCCCUGUGCCCUCCAUCACGCACACGGCCAGGAUUUAUCUCACGUCUUCUUCUUCUUCCUUUUUUUGGGGGACCAAGAUGGGGACAAUGAUGACAUUUAAAGGAGGUCCAAUGUAGACGGCGAGCCAGAGGAGAGUCCAGGCAGCAGCAGCAGCAGCACUGAUAGCAGCACCAGCGGGGCUGUCGAUGCUCUCGCCUCAGCACCGACUCCAGCUCCCCCUCAGGCCUCUGCAGGAGCGCCUGGAGAGGGAACAGGCAGCAGCUCCUCCUCUGACUCAGACACUUCUGUAGACUCCAGCUCCUACGAGGAGGAGGAGGGGGAAGAUAAUAAGGAGGGCGAGAUGUUUUCUUCUAAAUUCCUCAGUGGGGGCAACCCGCUUAGUGCUGUGUCCUCUGCUGUGAACAAGUUUGGACUGUUUGGCGAUGAAGGGGAUAAGAGCCAAAAAGCUCCCCCGCAGCAGGGGGUCAAGCCCAGUGGAGACCAGCAACCAGGUGUGGACCCUAACAAAAGCAUGCAACAACAGAAGGGACCCCUAAAAUCCAACCAGGGUGCUCCUGUGCAGAAGAGCCAGGGAGGACCACAUGGGAAUGGACAGGCAGGACCCCUCAAACAACCCGGAGCUCAGCCAAAGGGCUCAGUGCAACAAGGUUCCCCCAAAGCUGGAGGACGAGAGCAGACUAAGAGUGACGUACCACGACAAGGGAAUGCUAAGCCUGGCGCAGCACAGGUGGGACAAGAGCAGCAGCAGGGGUCGCCUAAACCUUCCCAGCAACAGCAGAGCGCCCCCAAAGCUGGCCCAAAGCAGGCUGCAUCCAAGCCCGUGGCACAGCAGCAGUCCAGGCCUAAAGGACCUGGUACACCCGACCUUUCACAGAGGUCAGGGUCUCCAUCGCCAGCCCGGAACCAAGAAUCCCCGUCUCAAGCAAAAUUAGUCGACAGGCCACUUUGUCCAGUUUGCAACACCACCAAACUCAACGUGCACACCAAGGACCCACCCAACCAUCGAAGAUGCACACAGUGUAAGACGCACGUUUGCAGCUUGUGUGGCUUCAGCCCGCCAGACUCUGAUGGAUCCGAGUGGCUUUGUCUCACCUGCCAGAUAAAGAGAGCUGAAGCACCAAUGAAAAAGCCAACACCCUCCAAAAUGCCAUCAUCGCCUGCUGCUCCUGUCAAAAAAGAGACGCCCGCAUCAGCUUCACCCAGCAAGACCACACAUUCUUCAGCAAAAGUGCCAGCCAAAAGUGAAGUUAAGGUCCAAGGGAGUCCAAAACAUAUUGGUACAGACUCUACGCAAAAGACUCCUCAGGAGACCCAGAGAGCGCCAGGUUCCCAGAAACCACAUCCUUCAAGUACAAGAAGUGUGAGUCCUGCACCCCAGCAGGAGUCUGGGGGGUUGUUUGGCUUCAGUGCUUCUAAGCCAGCAGAGGAGUCGGUGACCGGGAAAAUGUUUGGAUUUGGUUCUUCCAUAUUCAGUUCUGCAUCGACGCUGAUGGCCUCCACGCCACCGGUUUCUCCUAAAAUGCAACCCGCCAAGGAGAACAAACUACCGGAGCAGGAGAAGAAACUCCACCCCGAGCAGACCAGGGUUCCGUCAGCAGGACAGGCCAAAGUUGCAGAGGCAGCACCCUGCAAUGUCCCGCAAAAAGGCCAAUCUUUGUGUGCUAUCUGUAAAACGGUCCUCAACGUGGGCUCCAAGGCCCCGCCCAACUACAGCAGCUGCACUGAAUGCAGAAGCACUGUGUGCAAUCAAUGUGGAUUUAACCCUCUGCCAAAUGUUAAAGAGGGGAAGGAGUGGCUUUGUCUAAACUGUCAGGUAAAAAGGGCUACCAAAGGUAUCGAACCCCCGAAAGACACCCCAUUGGCUACUUCGCCGUUUAAAAGGACUCCAACAUCACAAAAGACUUCUGCUCCAGGCUCUCCACAGAGUAAUGUACCUUCUCCAGAGACCCGGACAUCCAAGGCUGAAGCUGUUAAAGCACAAGGCAGUCAAAAACUGGCUAGCCCAGCCCCUGCCCAGAAAACACAGCAGGACAACAAAGCAGAUCUGCAGAAGAAAGUAGAGCAGUCAAAUGUAACUGAACAAAAACCGGGAAAUGCCACUGAAGUCCCGGGACAGCAUGAAACAGGAGGAUUCUUUGGUUUUGGAAGCCCUAAAAAGCAAACUGAUCCUGCAAAACCUGCAGAGUCGGUAACAGGGAAGAUGUUAGGAUUUGGUUCUUCUAUAUUUAGUUCUGCAUCCACUUUGAUGUCCUCUACAGUCCAAGAUGAAUCUAAACUGGCAGCAUCACCAGCUUCUCCCAAGAUGACCGCUUUGAAGGACGCUCCAUCUGCAAAGAAACCAGAUAAAAGCCAGCAGGGUCCAAAAGCAGACACCAUGUUAUCAGAGCCUACAAAGGGAGCAGUUGUUUCCAAAACUGGUCCUUCGUCCUGCCCUGUAUGUAAAUCAGCCUUCAGCGUUGGCUCUAAAGAUCAACCCAAUUACAACACAUGUACAGAGUGUAAAAAUGUUGUCUGCAACCAAUGUGGAUUCAACCCCAUGCCAAAUGUGAAGGAGGUGAAGGAGUGGUUAUGCCUCAACUGUCAAAUGCAACGUGCCCUCGGAGCAGCCCAGCCUCCAGGAACCCCCAUUAUGAAAGCACAGGCCUCGCCAAACAAAGUUACUGCAUUUUCUAAUGUCCCCAAGAAAGAAACGAAAGACAUCCCAAAAACUGCUGAGUCUAAAGUCAAGGAAUUAUCUGCUGCUUCAGCACCUGAGAAGGAAGUUGCAAAGAAGGACACUGUGAAACGACCAGAGAACCAACAAUCCCUCACUCCAACAUUAGAUUCCAAAGUUUCAUCUGAAGAGUUGAAGAAGGGACCACAAAAGCUUCCAGAUAAUGCUGCUUUAAAUGCACAAGAAGACUCCCGUGGUCCAAAACUUGAACCUGGUACAGUGAAGCCAACUGAAUCACUUGGUGGAAAAAUGUUUAGUUUUGGUUCCUCUAUCUUCAAUUCUGCAUCCACGUUAAUACCCACAGCCGGCCAAGAUGAAUCCAAAAUGACACCUCCACUGUCCCCCAAGAUGCCUGCCACCAAGGUGAACAAAUCACCCCUUGGAAAAGAACAAAAGAAACAAGAACAACAAGCUAAACCGCCAUCAGAUCAGUCAAAGGAAGCUACAGUUUCCAAAGAAGGCAAAUCUACCUGUCCUCUGUGUAAGGUGGAACUUAAUUUAGGUUCCAAGGAUCCUCCCAACUUCAGAAAAUGCACAGACUGCAAAAACACCGUCUGUAACCAGUGUGGAUUUAAUCCGGUGCCCAAUCUGGCAAAGGAAAAUGAAUGGCUGUGCUUGAACUGUCAGAUGCAAAGAGCUCUGAAUGCAUCAGAACCCACGCAGCCUGCCAUCAAGCUGUCCAAUACAGUGAAAAAAAACCUUCCAUCUUCUGUACAUCAGAAGACAACUGUUUCAAAUGAAGAUGAAUCAACCACGAAGGAACCAUUACAAUCUGAUGUACCCACAAAAGUGCAGACUGCAGCACCUGACAAGAAAAAGGAGAGUUCUGCACCAAGUACCCCGAAGAAGAUUCAUCCAUCAACUGGAACACCAGAAACUAAGAUUUCUAUUGAACGAACACAGAACAAACAGGGUGCCCCAUUGUCUGUUCAGGAACCUCAAAGGAACUCAGAUCCCCAGAAACCACCUGAUCAGACUACUCAGUCUGGACUAAAACAGAGCAAAUUUACCUCGGAUGGCUUGAUUGGCUCUCAAUCUAGUUCUGAUGUUUCGAAAACAACAGACUCUAUCACUGGAAAGAUGUUUGGCUUUGGUUCUUCUAUUUUCAGCUCAGCAUCCACUCUUAUAUCAUCAGCUGUUCAGGAAGAAUCCCGCACUACACCGCCAAGCUCUCGUAAGAUGUCUGCACCAGGGCAUGUCUCUCCAAGGAUGUCAGUUGGACCCAAGAUUUCUCCAAAGGAUACACCAAUAGUUUCUCCCAGCAAAGUGCAACCAAAAGCCCCUGAAAAUCUCGCUCGGGAGCUCAAGAAACAAGAAGAGGCCCAUCAGAUCAAACAAGGUCCAUCACAGGCAGGCACAACUCCCCAGACCCAGUUUAAAGCAGGCCAUGUAAACUGUCCACUAUGCAAUAUCAAACUAAACAUCGGCUCAAAGGAACCUCCAAAUUUCAAUACCUGCACUGAGUGUAAAACCAAUGUGUGUGACAAAUGUGGAUUUAAUCCAAUGUCUACUGGAGAGAAAAAUGAAUGGCUAUGUCUUACCUGUCAGAUGAAAAGAGCAGUUGGUGGUCCUGAGCAACCGGCUUCUCAAAAACAGGCUCAGACAGCCAGUAGUAAAGUCACAGCUGUUGUCAAGUCAAUGGAUACCUUUAAACCAGCUCCAACAUCUCAAACAAAGGCAAAUCCAAGCCAUGCAGCACCCCCACAGGAAAAAUCCCCUUCAGUUAAGUCUGGCAAACCAGAAGCUUCCACAACACCAGCGGAGUUGGGUGCCCUGGCACCUGAUGAUAAACCACAACAGAAAAAUGAGAGGAAGGUUCCUGAGAAAAAAUCAGAUCUGGCAAGCCAGAUCCCUCCUGGACACAGGCAGGGUAAUGCCACUGCAACAAAGCAGAAAGACGCUGCAGGAUUUUUUGGCUUCGGGGCUACAAAAUCUCAGCAGGAUACAGAGAAGGCUCCAGAUUCAGUGACUGGAAAGAUGUUUGGUUUUGGUUCUUCAAUAUUCAGCUCUGCAUCUACAUUAAUGGCUUCUACUGCCCAGGAUCAGCGUAAUAAAACACCCCCUGCUUCUCCCAAAAAAUCCCCUGCAAAGGAAAUUAAAUCAGAUGUUUCUCAGAAAUUAGAGCCGCUAAAGAAAGCGCAGUCAACACAGCCGAACAAGACGCCUUCAUCGAGUCCAGCUAAAGGACAAACAAAGGUCACAUUUGAGCCUCCAAAGGCUGCAGAAGCUACCAAAUCAGCUGUUGAACCGGGUUCUACCUGUCCACUCUGCAAGGCUGAACUCAACAUAGAUUCUAAAGACCAAGCAAACUACAAUACCUGCACUGCAUGCAAAAGUACUGUGUGUAACCAGUGUGGAUUUAACCCUAUGCCAAUUGGAGUGAAAAACGAAUGGCUAUGUCUAACAUGUCAAACCAAAAGAGCAGUGGAAGCAUCUGAGCAACAAGCCUCUCAAAAGCAGGCUCAAACAUCAAAUGGUAAAGUUCCUGUAACAGUCAAGUCGACAGAUGACUCCAAACCAGCUAUUACUGAAGCAAACACACAUCCAAGCAAUGCAGUAACCCCACAGGAAAAACUGUCAACAACUUUAGUUAGGUCAGCCAAACCAGAAGCUUCCACAACACCAGCAGAUUUAGCUACCCUGGCACCUGAUGAUACAACACAACACAAAAAUGCGAAGAAAGAUCCGGUAAGCCAACCUGGACGCAGGCCGAGUAAUGCCAUUGCAACAAAGGUGCAAGUCACUGAAGGAUCUAUUGGUUUGGGUGUUACAAAAUCUCAGAAGGAUGCAGAGAAAUCCACAGAUUCAGUGAGUGGAAAGAUGUUUGGUUUUGGUUCUUCGAUAUUCAGCUCUGCAUCUACAUUAAUAACAUCUGCUGUUCAGGAUCAACCUAAGACCGAUACACCAGCUUCUCUAAAAAAGGCCCUUGCAAAGGAACAAACACCACCAUCGGGUCCAGCAAAAGGGGAACAUAAGGUCACAUCAGAUCCUCUCAAGGCUGCAAAAGCUACCAAACCAGCUGUCAAACUAGUUUCUACAUGUCCACUCUGUAAGGUUGAACUCAACAUGGGCUCAAAAGACCAAGCCAAUUACAAUACCUGCACUGAAUGCAAAAAUACUGUGUGUAACCAGUGUGGAUUUAACCCCAUGCCAAUUGGAGAGAAAAAAGAAUGGCUAUGUUUAACCUGUCAGACAAAAAGAGCAGUGGAAGCAUCUGAGCUACCAGCUUCUCAAAAGCAAACUGAAACAUCAAAUAGCAAAGUUCUUGUUGCAGACAAGUCGACAAACAACUCCAAACUAGCUUCAACAACUCAAGUAAAUGCAUAUCCAAGCAAUGCAAUAACCCCACAGGAAAAAAUGUCCACAACUUUAGUGAAGUCAGACAAAUCAGAAGCUUCCAUAACAUCAGAGGAGUUGGCUAGCCUCGCACCUGAUGAUACAACACAACAAAAAAAUGAGAGAAAAAAUCCUGAAAAACAAUCACAUCCGGUAAGCCAACCUGGUCGCAGGCCGAGUAAUGCCACUGCAACAAAGAUGCAAGACACUGGAGGAUUUUUUGGUUUGGGUGCUACAAAAUCUCAGAAGGAUGCAGAGAAGUCUUCAGAUUCAGUGACUGGAAAAAUGUUUGGUUUUGGUUCUUCAAUGUUCAGCUCUGCAUCUACAUUAAUAACAUCUGCUGUUCAGGACCAACCUAAGACCGAUACACCAGCUUCUCCCAAAAAAUCCCCUGCAAAGGACAUUAAAUCUGAUGUUCCUGAAAAGCUGGAGCCAACACCUUCAUCGGGUGAAGCUAAAGGGGAAAACAAGGUCACAUCAGAACCUCUUAAGGUUGCAGAAGCUACCAAAACAGCUGUCAAACCAGGUUCUACCUGUCCACUCUGUAAGGUUGAACUCAACAUGGGUUCAAAAGACCAAGCCAAUUACAAUACCUGUACUGAAUGCAAAAGUACUGUGUGUAACCAGUGUGGAUUUAACCCCAUGCCUAUUGGAGAGAAAAAUGAAUGGCUAUGUCUAACCUGUCAGACAAAAAGAGCAGUGGAAGCAUCUGAGCAACAAGCCUCUCAAAAGCAGACUCAAGCAUCAAACAGCAAAGUUUCUGUUGCAGUCAAGUCGAAGGACAACCCCAAACCACCUACAACAACUCAAGCAAACACACAUCCAAGCAAUGCAGUACUCCCACAGGAAAAACUGUCUUCAACUUUAAUUAGGUCGGGCAAACCAGAAGCUUCCAUCGCACCAGAAAAGUUAACUAGCCUGGCACAUGAUAAUAAAACACCACAAAAGAGUGAGAAGGAAGUUCCUGAAAACCAAUCAGAUCUGAUAAGCCAACCAGAACGUAGGCCAAGUAAUGCCACUGCAGCAAAGCAGCAAGAUACAGCAGGAGUUUUUGGCUUGGGUGUUACAAAAUCUCAGAAGGAUGCAGAGAAGUCCGCAGAUUCAGUGACUGGAAAGAUGUUUGGUUUUGGUUCUUCAAUAUUCAGCUCUGCAUCUACAUUAAUAACAUCUGCUGUUCAGGAUAAACCUAAGACCGAUACACCAGCUUCUCCCAAAAAGUCCCCAGCAAAGGAACAAACACCUCCGUGUGGUCCAACAAAGGGGGAACAUAAGGUCACAUCAGAACUUCCAAAGGCUGCAGAACCUGCCAAAUCAGCUGUCAAACCAGGUUCUACCUGUCCACUCUGUAAGGUUGAACUCAACAUCGGUUCAAAAGACCAAGCCAAUUACAAUACCUGCACUGAAUGCAAAAGCGCUGUGUGUAACCAGUGUGGAUUUAACCCCAUGCCUAUUGGAGAGAAAAACGAAUGGCUGUGCCUUACAUGUCAGACCAAAAGAGCAGUUGAAUCAUCUGUACAACUAGAUUCUCAAAAACAGGCCCCAACGUCAAAUAUUAAAGUUCCUGUUGCAGUCAAGUCAAUGGAUACGCCCAAACCAGUUACAACAUUGCAAACAAAGGGGAUUCCAAGCAAUGCACAACUCCCGCAGGAAAAACCUUCUUCAACCUCAGUUGAGUUAGCAAAACCUGAAGCUUCAACUACAUCAUUGAAAUUGGUAAGCCCAGAACCGGAUUAUAAAACACCACAGAAAAAUGAAAAUAAAGUAUCCGAGAAACCACCAGAUCCGGAAAGCCAACCUGGACGUAGGCCGAGUAAUGCCACUGCAGCAAAGCAGCAAGAGAGCGGCGGGUUUUUGGGAUUUAGCGCUACAAAAUCUCAGCAGAAUUAUAAUAACUCAGUGACUGGAAAGAUGUUUGGUUUUGGUUCUUCAAUAUUCAGUUCAGCCUCUACAUUGAUAACAUCUGCUGCUCAGGAUCAACCUAAGACAACACCUCCAGCUUCUCCCAAAAAGUCCCCAGCAAAGGAAAUGAAAUCUGAUGUUCAUCAGAAGCUGGAACAAACACAGCAAAGAAAGACACCUCAAUCAGGUCCAGCUAAAGAGGAUGAUAAGGUCACAUCAAAAUCUCUGGCUGCAGAAGUUACAAAAUCAGCUGUCAAACCAGGUUCUAACUGUCCACUCUGUAAGGUUGAACUCAACAUAGGUUCAAAAGACCAAGCCAACUACACCACCUGCACGGAAUGCAAAAACACUGUGUGUAAUCAGUGUGGAUUUAACCCCAUGCCAAAUGAAACAAAGGUGAAGCGGUGGCUGUGUCUCACCUGCCAGAUGCAGCAAGCUCUUGGUGCGAGCCAUCCUUCAGGAGCUCUUUCUAACAACUACAGCGUUUCUGAAAAAGAUGUCACCAGUAGAGCUGAACCUGAAAAGAAAGUGGCUUCAAUGCCAAUAUCACCUAAGAAAGAACCAACAGCUGAUACAGCAAACUCUGCAACAGCUCAGUCUGACAGUAAUAGUGCUCUUACUAAAAAUAUACCACAAGACUAUCAAAAAACAUCUGGCCCAAGCUCAUCACCAGGACCAACAAGGCAAGCUGAACGCAAACAGAGCAUUGCUGCUUUGGCACCCCAGCAAGAACCAGGAGGUUUCUUCGGCAGUAAAACCCAACCUGAAGCUUCCAAACCAGCAGAAUCAGUGACCGGGAAAAUGUUUGGCUUUGGAUCUUCUAUUUUCAACAGUGCAUCCACUUUGAUUACUUCGGCGGUCCAGGACCAGCCCAAAACCACCCCAUCGGUGUCUCCUAAGAUGUCCCCAGCAAAACAGAGUACAUCUCCUUCACUCCAGAAAAAAGAAGAGAUAAAAUCAGAACAAACUCAGCAGGGUCUAUCUGAACAGAACAAAGUCAACACAAAUCUAGUUAAAAAAGUUUCCCACUCCACGUGUCCCCUUUGUAAGGUUGACCUCAACAUUGGAUCCAAAGAGCUACCUAACUAUGACAAAUGCACUAACUGCAAGAGUACAGUUUGCAAGCAGUGUGGAUUCAACCCUAUGCCAAAUGUAUCAGAGAAAAAGGAGUGGCUGUGUCUGACGUGCCAGAUGCAAAGAACUCUCUCAGCAGCAGAAGCAGUACAACCUCCAUCUGUGAAGCCUCAGUCAUCACCCAACAAAGUGACUAAACCCGCUGCUACCACGGCCAAUCAAAAUAAAGAUAUGAUACCAAAACAAGAAAGAGAAGUCCUGGACAAAGAUCAGAAGGACAAAACAACACUAGGUAAACUCGAAAAUAAUGAAAUCCCAACAACUGAUAUCAAAUCUGGUUCACUGCCUCCCAAUCGAGUCCAAAUCUCCACAGCAGUUCCAGUUGAAGAAAGGACACCUGCAAACGCUGAUAAAACUUUGGUUGAGCAAGCGCCUCCUGUCAGCACAGAUGUUAAAUCUCCACUGAAGAAGGAGGAUCAAACUUUAACACACUCACCUGCAACAACAGACACAUUGGAAAAGAAAGCACAGGGAAUGGAAAGCAUUACAAAAUCAGAGGAUGAAGUAGUCAUGUCGGCUGAUAUAGAGCAGCCAUCCAAGUCCACAAGUAAAGAGCCAAAUCUUGCUGCCAAACCGCCUCCUUCCAUGUCACAGCCAACUAAAGAUACAGGAAGUUUGGUUAGCAUUAAUGCUUCAAAACCUCAGCAAGGGGUCUCCAAAACAGCUGAAGCAGUGACAGGGAAGAUGAUGGGAUUUGGUUCAACACUCUUCAGCUCAGCAUCUUCUUUAAUAACAUCCGCUGUUGGUGAAGAAUCACGCACCACACCACCAAGUUCUCGUAAAAUGUCUGCGCCGGCACAAAGUUAUGAUAAAACGGCAGCUCCUCAAAUCCCGCCGGUCAAGUCAAGUCCUGCUCUAUCUCUAAUAAAAUCCUCCACAAAAGAAGUGAAGUCUGACAAUAUUCAGAAACAAUCAAUGGAGAAGAUGGCGGACCAACCUCAGCAAGGCAAUGCUUCUCUACCAGGAACGAAACAUGUGGACCAAGGUCCGUCAGAAGCUUCAAAAGUAAAGGCUCCACAAACUGCUCCCAAAGAAAUUGAGCUCAACUGUCCCCUUUGUAAGGUUGAAUUUAAUGUUGACGGCAAAGAUCAAGCAAAUUACAACACCUGCACCGGAUGUAAAACAGCAGUCUGCAACAAAUGUGGAUUUAGUCCCAUGCCGAAUAAAGCAGAGGGGAAAGAAUGGCUGUGUCUCAACUGUCAGAUGCAGAGAGCACUUGGCGCCUCUGAACCUCUUGGGCUUCCCUUGAUAAAAUCUCAAUCUUCACCAAGUAAAGACAUGCCUCCCUCCACAACGAAGGGAGAGACAGCUAUACAAGCUCCUCAGGAGGACAGUAAAACACCCAAACCUGACGAGACAGUCAGUGUCGUCACUACCAAAGAAAGCAAAUCCCCAGCAAUUGGUGAAUCAACUGUGGAAGCAACAGCGGCAGUUGCCUCAUUGCCUGAAAAAAGUGUUCUUCCUGAAAUCAUGAAGACUGUGGUUGCAUCUGCUUCACCUGCAAUUACCCCUAAAGGACAACCUGGAAUACCCCAGAAACAGCCUCCAGAAAAGAUAGUUCCCCCAACAGCACAAGAAGUAGGUAAAAUACUACCCCAACAACCUACAAAAGCUGGGGGAUCUCCAGCCAAAUCAAUUCUGGCAACAGCUCCACCUGUAAAACAGGAAUCAGUAGGCUUCUUUGGUUUUGGAGGUCCUAAAAUGCAACCUGUUAAGCCUGCUGAAUCAGUACCUGGCAAGAUGUUUGGCUUUGGGUCAUCUUUUUUUAAUUCAGCGUCCAAUUUGAUAACCUCAGCUGUACAAGAUGAAACGAAAAAGACAACUCCGACGCCAAGCAAAAUUACUUCUCAGGCCUCUCCUAAAACAACGCCGCCUGCUUCUCCUAAAACAAUACCUGCAAAGGACAUCAAACCACCUGCAGUCCAGAAAACUGAAGUAACAAAACUGGAAACACCACAGGUAAAAACUACUCCUUCAGCAACACAAAUGGAUAAAGUUCCAUCCGUUUCCCCCAAAGCACCACUAACACCUCCAAAACCAGCUCAGUUAACCUGCCCACUCUGUAAGAUGCUAUUCAGGAUGGAUUCUAAAGAUGCUCCCAAGUUCAACACCUGCACAGAAUGCAACACAACUGUCUGCAAUCAGUGCGGGUUCAAUCCAUUGCCUACGGUCUCAGAGGUAAAGGAAUGGCUAUGUCUGAACUGUCAGAUGCAGAGGGCCCUUGGCACAUCUGAGACUACAGGACCGUCUGCAGUGAAACCUCAGGCCUCACCUACAAGGACUGGUCCUUUUCCUUCUGAACAUAAUACUGAAGAGGUCCAGCCAAAGAAGUCUACAUCAGUCAGAGAAGAAGGUUCUGAACGCCUGGAUGAGGACUCACGGACACUUACAAUUAAUAAGCCUGGUUUAUUGCAUGAUGCAGCACCAAGGACGGACAUCCCUUCAGUUGGUGAUCAAGAAAAGGGCCAAGAUAUGACCAAGCAGCCUCCCACUGAAAAAACCCCACCCAAGGAACGCACUUCACAAACUCCAAAAACAGAAGUCAAGGCUGGUGUUGCGAAACCGACAGAUGGGAAACCCCCUCAGCAGCAUUCGAAAUCUCCUGUCAAAUCUACACCAGCUGCUAAACAGGAGACUGGCAGGUUCUUUGGAUUCGGUGCUCCAAAAAUGCAACCACAGGCUGCUGAGACUGUCACCGGUAAAAUGUUUGGAUUUAGUUCAUCCAUUUUUAGCUCUGCCUCUACCUUGAUAACAUCUGCUGUCCAAGAUGAGCCCAAAACCACUCCUUCGGUUCCUCCUAAGAUGUCCCCUGCUAAAGAAAACAAAGUUCCUGUUGUGCAAACCCAACAACUGACCAAACCUGUCCCCUUGGGUCAGGUUAAAGACCCAAAGACUUCACUCACAGCAACACAAGUCACAGAAGGCACCAACGUGGAUAUUCCCAAAGCAGAUACAGAGUCCACCUGUCCACUCUGUAAGGUUGAACUCGAUUUGGACUCCAUGGAACCACCCAAUUACAACACAUGCACUGAAUGCAAGAGUGUUGUCUGUAGCCUCUGUGGAUUUAACCCCACACCUCAAACUGGAGGGAAGGAAUGGCUGUGUCUAAACUGCCACACACAAAAGGCUUUGGCCGGACAACUAGAAGACUCAGGAAAAGUCCCUAAGGGUUCUCCAGUAUCAGCUCCGCCAGAAACAUCACGUAUACUUACAACCAAAAAGAUGGAGUCAAAGUCUGCACCUGCAAAGGCUGAGCCGUCAGCUGAAGUUACAAAACAACCAACAGAAACAACAAGACCUACAACAAAGACAUGCAUCAUAACAGAAACCCCAGCUGCAACAUCUUUCACAAAAGUGGAAAUUGAACCAAAAACAGUGGAGGUGUCAACUGUCAUCAAAGAAAAACAGCAGUUAUUUGAAUCCACAGCAGAACCAAUUAAACCACUAGUGGCUCCUCAACUUAAAUUGUCCAGAACAGAUGUAGGAGUGGAAAUAACAAAUUUAGAGAAGAAGGAACAAAGUGUGGAAGAAAUUCCCAAAUCCGUUGAGAAAACUGAGCCCUCAAAAGCCACAUUUGAAUUGUCUACCGUUGGAAUUGUUCUAGAAGACAAAAUGAAGCAACCUCCAACAAUGAAGGCUGAAGUCAAGACAACAAAUCUUGAAGACCAAAUCAAACUGAGCAUGCCCGAAACAUCUGCUAAGAAGGCUGAAGUUCAGGAACAGUCACAUGAGCCACUUACUGGCAGUAAUCAAGUAGUGGAACAAAUAGCUGAUGCCAUUCUCGCCCCAGAGCCACAACCAGAAUCUACAAAGGAGCCAGAUAAAAUGACAAAUGAAACAUAUGUCCUUGCUGGUGGAACAGUUGAAUUGGAGCACAUAGUUGUAUCCGAGACAGCUACUAAGGCAAGAUUGGAGGCAGAAAAUGAUACUCAACCUCAGAUUUUACCCUUUUCAGAUAAACCAAAAGAGGAUCAGGUGGUAUGCAGUAGAAUUAAAAAUAAUGUAGAAGGACAAACACUGCAAAUAAAGGAAACGGUAGAAAGUGGAAAAAGGCGCCUUAGUUUCCAAGCAAUGGAAGAGAGCAGUGGGAGUGACUUCACACUUUCACCAUCACCAGAGGUUCAGAGGAGGAGGCUCAAAGUGACUGAUGUGACAUCUAUCAGUGAGGACAUCAAAACUGAAAGUGCUGACUCGUCAAUAGAAGAUGAAGACUUUAUCCGCAGUCAGAUAAUGGGUAUGGGCGAUGAAGAGGAAAUGUCUCUAUCUGAGGAUGAGAAAGAAAAAACAUUGUCCAAUGAAGAAGUCGUUAAGAAGGCUGUGCUUGAUAAUUCCUCAAUGAAAUUUAAAUCACUCUCUAGUGAAGGAAGUACAGAUAAUGAAGGACCCCUCGCAUGGAGAAAGUCCCCUCUUAUGACUAGUGCUGGAGCUUCCGAAGCAUUUCCAAGUACAACUUUUAAGAAAGCUGUUCCAGUCAUCAAACAAAGACAAAGCACUGAUGAAGAGGUAGAGAGUAUCACUGAAUCCCUUUCAAAGGGUUCGUCCAGUCUUCAAGCAUCUAGCUUUACGCCAGGGUCAUCACCGACAUCUGCAUCAUCCCUGGAGGAGGACAGUGAUAGCAGUCCAAGUCACAAAAUAAUUAGUGGGGACAGACAGUAUCGCAAAGGUAAACACAGACACGCAACCCAGCCACUACCCACAAUUGAAGACUCCUCUGAGGACGAGAAAUCUCGGAAAGAAAAGAAUGAACUAAGUGUGCAUGAGCUCUUGUCUGCCAGUGAAAGUGCUUCCUCAGUAGAGGAUAUGAGACAAGUCAUUGUAAAGGAUGACAUCAGUAAAACAUUUGGCUCUGAGUACUGGGCCAGUGUCGAAUCAGAACCAGAAGUAAGCCAAGCCGUACAGAGAGGGCGCAAACCUUCUCCAACAGUGAUACCGUUUACCCCAGUCGAAGAAAAGGAGCCUGUUUCAACAUUAUUAAAGAGUGCAGAAGAAGCAUAUGAGCAAAUGAUCCAGAAGGCCAAAGCAAUUCCAGGCGAUAGUCCUCCUGAUGUUGAGCCACUUUAUGGAGGAAUGUCAAUAGAGGACUAUCUCUAUGAAUCCUUGGUUGAGGAGCCAGAGAUUUUAAUGUGUGAUUAUGCCGACACUGAACCCAAAGAGGACUACAGUCCUGAACCUUUAAAGAAACUCAGGUCUCCGGAGGAGGUUUAUGAAGAGAUGAUGGAAAAGAAGAGGGAAUUAAUGAUGAUAGAGCAAGAGUUUCAACAGGCCCAGAAUGACAUGGAAUAUAUACCAUCUUCACAUGCUGAGACCUGUGUUGUAGUCAUACCCACAGAAGCGAUAUCCCACAUUGAAGAAAGUGAGCCUGGGUUUGACAAUUCUAGUGAGCUGCCAGUCAAGAAAAGAAAACGACCAGCCCCACCACGCCCUUCAGAACCCCCAAAGCGGCCUGAGGUGACAAUUGUUCCAGCCACACCUUCCGGUUCUAUAGGUUUUGUCCGGCCCAUGAUUCCACUAGAUCCUGCACUUAGAAAGGCACUUUUCCCCAUACCUGACCUCAAGAUUACACAGUGUUCAUCAGGGGAAGAAGAGGAUGACAGUCUUGCAGAAGAGUAUGGUGUUGGGAUUUCUUCUGACAUUACCCCAAGUGAUGAUUCUGAAACCAAAGAUGAUCAAUCCAUAAGCCCACCUUUGUCUGACACAACUGAAAUAGAACAGAUUUCCGUGGUCUGUGAAAUCCCAGAACCAAAACCUAUUCCAACUCCAAUAUCAGCUCCAGAACUAACCACUACACCUUCUCCUUUAUCGCCACUGUCCCCACCAACUUCACCAGCGACCCCAGAUUCUAGCAUGGCUUCUAAUGCUACAUCUUCACCCUCCUUUCAAGCUCAAACUCCUCUGUCAUCAGAUUCAACUCCUGUUUCUACACCUACUCGUUCCUUUGUCACUCAAUCCUCCCGAGAGGGCUCACCAUUGUUGCCCACUAAAAGUGAGACUUUUAAAGAAAGCUCUGCAGUUGUAGUAACUAUACCUGAUGUGGUGUCUGACCCUUUUAAAGGUGAAACAGCAGAAUUGGUCCAAACCUCUAUUCCCAAGGUCCCAAUUCAAGUCCCAGUGGAGACUUCACCAGUUGUUGAAAUGCCAGACUUGGUUUCAUCUCCGUCUCAAAUGCCAAUUGACGCAUCUGUGCUAGGGGUGUCCACGCCAAGUCCAGAACCAGUUAUUGUCACAGCUAAGCCUCCAGUUCAAUUUAGUGAAUAUGGUACCGGCAAAAUUCAAGUCUAUAGUCAAUCCUUAGAUAAUGUAGCUACUGCUCCUAUAGGUGCAGUAUCACACCAUGAACCAGUAAUUGUCCAGAUGCCUGACCUGGUUUCAACUGCGUCUCAAAUCUCCUCACCAACACCUAUUCAAGGCUCAGCAAUAACAACAGCCCUGGCCCAGGCCAAACCAAAUGUGGUAAACAAAGUCCCUGUUCAACCUGCUGUGAUUCCUGUAUCUAUUCCUUCAACUACUAUAGUCAAAAAGAAAGUCCCACCGCCUCCUCCCCCGAGAUCUACUUCAGUUUCAUUACCCGAGCUUGGCAAGGAGCGUCUACCUACAAGUGAGGCUCAGUAUGUCUCCACAACUAUGGCGACCACAAUCCCUACAGGAACCCCGGUUGUUGUCCAGGCAAUGCAGUCCGUAGUUGUUGAUAUACAGCCAAGAAUGGAGGAGAUGAAACCAGAUGAUGUUGCUGUACCUCAAGUUGUGACCCCAACAAGACCAGGGCAUGUGGUCAUCAUUGUGCCAAGUAUGGAAAACCUGUCUCGGCUUAGCCACACUCCACAAAGUAGCACUAUCUCUUCAACCGUGUCUCAGGUACCAAGUAUACAGCCCGUUAUUACCAGUAUCACCCCAUCUAAGACAGCUGUGUCAGAUACAUCCAAUGCAGGUACAGCAUUCCCUUCCACUACAGUGGCAGUAGCGCCAUUUGUUUCAAUUCCAUCAGUUACACAUACACCACGUCCUUCCACUUUACCGAAGCCUACUAUAUAUCCAAAACCACCAAUUCCCACAGCAGUGGAACAGUUUUCUGUAACAAUAACUGGUUCUAGUCCGUUGCCAAAGGCCCCUCCACCAAUACCACCUAAGCCUGUAAUUAUUCCAGCUGGACUGGUUUUCAGUCACAAACCAGGAGAAAGUGUCAAACCACCUUAUGUUACACAAAAAGCUGCAACACUGCCUCGGACCAAAGAACCUCCAAAUGCCCUUUCGCUUACCUUGACGAGACCUGUGGAGAGUAAGUCAGGGGCAACAUCUCCCAAGUCACCACUAUCUCCAAGACAUGGCAAAUGUUUGAAAACAUAUGUGGUGAUAACGCUUCCAUCUGAGCCUGGCUCACCAACAGAAGUAAUAACAGUCCAGGCACCAAUAAGACGAGGCUCCAUCCCAUCUACCAAAGGACCAGAAGUACGAACAACGCCUUUAGAGCAGAAAUCCCUUGGUGAAACAUUUUCAGCACAGGCCACAGUUCGGAGAGCUUCCGUUCCCAUUGUUAGGCAUCCACCCCCUAUGCCCUUAGCAUCAACUGCUCCAUUAAAACAAGUGACAGUGGUUUCUGAAGAGCAGGCUGGUAGAGAUUCUGAUCAGGAAACAAUAAUUCAGGUCCAUAAUGUACCGGACCCAAUAAAGAAGCCAUACAUACCUGUCAUACUGAAGCAGCAACACGCAGUCUAUCAGUCCUUGCCACCAUCUACACCAAUGCAACAAGACACAACGAAGACCUCAGAAAUAAUGAGUGAAGUCACUGCAGGACCACAUCCUGAAACAUCAGUCACUCAACGUCCAAAAAUUGUCUCACAGGGUGUGGAACUUCCACAAGAGAUUUCAGCUGAAGAACAAGUCUCAGUUCAAAUUCAAACACUGCCAAGUCAGCCCCUGACACAACAUAUUGUUAUUCCACUAGAGCCUGGGGUACUUUCUGAUGUACAAAUACCCCGAGACUGUACAGUUAUUAUGUACUCAACUGAAAUAGAAAAACAACCAGAAAAGGCAGGUGAAACCAUCUUCACUGCUACAGUUCCAAGCUCAACUAUAGCAGUGAGUCAGCAACAACCAACGGGACUUAUACAAAUGGCUGACUCACAUUUGACAUUUACUAGUGAAUUCCAGUCAGUUCAACAAACUAUGCAGCAAAUACCUGCACAACAUCCAUAUUCUGCAGGUGAAGUGAGGGCACUUGUAGCAGAGAGAGACUCACAAUAUGAUUAUGUUGUUACAAUACCAGAUGUACAAACAUCGCCUCAUGUCUAUCAUAACAUUGCCACAGCUCCCACACACAUGACUCAGUUAACAAUGGAGAAGAUAGCUCCAAAUGCUGAAGACAUUUUCUCACCUGUAAUAAUGGAGGUGCAACAUCGAACACCACAACCAGAGGAGCAUUCUAUCACUUAUAUGCCUGAUGUCUAUGGAACUAUUCCAUCAACCACCAUGCCAUGUUUAACACCUCCACUUGAAGUUAUUGCAUUACAGCCGGAGCCAACACCGACUAUAACAAAGGGGGCUCCAGCAAGACAAGAACAAAUGUCAUCAUUGAUACAGCCUCAGGUAGUGGCUUCAUUGUCCUAUAAGGUUAUUCCAGCCGAACAACCUUCAAGGGAAAGGCGGACAUCUAUAUCAUCCAUAGGAAAUCAACCAUACAGCACAGGUGAAAUAUUUACCUUUCCUACUGAUUAUGAAAUGCCUGGCCAGGAUGUCAACAAUGAAAACGUUGCUGCCGCUGCAAGAAGGCAAUCUUUAACCAUACAACAACCAUUGGUAAUAAACAUGCCAGCUGAAAAAGACAUCCCUGUCAAUGUAUAUGAUACCUAUAGAAAAAGUUCAUAUCCUUCAAUCGAACAACCACAGCUUAUAACAUAUUCAUCAGAGUAUGAUCGUCCCUUUGAAAUAAUAACUACUGAGGCAUACACAAGGAGGACCUCAAUACCCGCUGUCCAGGACAUACCAACUGGGACACCUGUUGCUCCAGUCACCAUCACCAAAAUUCAACAAGAGUCGAUUGAAAGCCAAGAGAUCCGGGGACGAGAGAAAGUUGUCUCGAGUAUGAGUCACAAGUACUCUUCAGUUUCUACUACAGGCCAGCCUGCUGAAAUAUUGCCUAGCUUAGUGACUCAGGUAGUCACCACUGAGGUCCAGAGAACUACUGUGUCUGUCGUCCAUGAAAGACUUCCACAGCAUACUCCACCCACAAAACCUGAUGAAAGUGAAUACCAAGCUCAACCUAAACUAAAUGGAAGGAUAACAUAUCCUGGGGAUGUUAUGGAUCUACGGACCAUGAAGGCUGGCAUGAAAAUGACUAACCAAGGCAUGGACCUGACUCCGACUGAGUUGUUUAGACAGUCAUCCAAUGACACUGCUCGUCAAAUUACGGCAGUACAACCUGAAAUUGUAAAUCUUAGCGCUGAUGUUAUCCCAGUGACUACACUGUCUGUGGUAACUGAUAGCAUCACAAUAGUCACAUGCACAGCCACUAUUGCUUCAUAUAGCAACCCUCCAGCAGAGAAACCUCUUGACUUGCAAGGGCCUGUUACAUCAUUGCCACUUCCUCUCACCACGUACAAAGCAUUUGAACCAUUGGCACAGAUUGUCUACAAACCUGUAAGCACUCUACCUGUAGCCACAGUUGUAGCAUCUACUGAGCAAGACAUACCAAUUAACCUUUCGUUUGGAUCAUUGGCCAGAGGAGGCACACCCAUGACUUCUGCAUUAGACAUUAAGAGUGGGGCCUAUGUCCUGUCUUUGGAAGCAACAGGGGCCGUGGAUCUGUCCAAUUACAGGCCAGUGAGAUCGAUGGUAGCUUUAUCUGGAAAAAGUCCUGAAGUAAUAACCACUGUUGUCGAGGAUGAUGGGAUACCAGUUGAUCUUACUGCUGGUAGAAGGAGUGUAUGCUGUGAUGUAUUAUACAAAUUACCAUUUACCGGGAGCUGCAGAACACAACCCCCUGUCACAACUCAGCCCGACAACCGUUUGGACUUCAAAGAUGAUCAGCAUAAUAGUGCUGGACAGUAUGGAUUUAAAGGGAUCAAUGGUGAAAAUGCAUCAAUAUCAAAGGCCAGCCUCAGAGAGGUAGGACUCUUUCCCUAUGAUCCCAAUAAGGAAUAUGACUACCUCAAUGGAUCUAGAGAUGGAGCUAUAGACCUCACUGCCACCAAACUCUCUGCUGGUAAAGCUCUUGACUACACGAGCAAAGCUACCAGAACAUUCCCUGGGAUGACUGCCUCUCCAUCUUCCCAGGAUGCUCUUGCUGGUUUUGGUGUAAAUAGUGCCCUAAAAACUUCAGAUGGAAUAGUUUACUCCUCUGUUGCUGCCCCAGUUCCGUCAACAUAUGCAAUUACCACACAACCUGGCUCCAUUUUUAGCACUACCUUAGUGCCUGCAUCAACAAUCCAGAAUCAAUCUGUGCCCCAACAAUAUGAUUUUGUACCUAACACACACCAGGGGCAAGUCAUUCCUUAUGACACAGGUCUACCAAAGGAGAUUCUACCUACAGCAUUGGUUGACAUCAUAACAGGCUUCCCCGAAAUGUAUUCAGAUACCACCCUGGAAGCAUUAGCUGCUUCUUUGGAUGCAUUAGCUUUGUCUCCAAUAUUCCCUGGCUUGGACAGUACCAAAAUGGCACAGUAUCAGAUGGAGAGGGAGUUUCUAGAGCUGGAAAAGCUUAAACAGUUGUGUCUUGCAGAGGAGUUAGAAUGGGAGAGACAAGAGAUCCAGCGUUAUCGUGAACAAGAGCAGAUAAUGGUGCAACAAGAGCUGGAAGAGCUCCAAGCUCUGAAACAACAGCUUCUGCUGCAGCAAGAGGAAGAACACCAUGCUCAUAUAAUAGCCCAACAGGAAACUUAUGCCCAGCAGAAAGAGCAGUUGCAACAAAUUCAGCAACUUCAGCUUCAACUACAGCGGCAGUUAGAUGAACACUAUGGUAACACAGGUUCUACGACAAACCUCCUUGAGGCCAAAUAUGCAGGAGUUGGAGACAGUGGACAGUACUGGCCUGUCAAAGAUGAAUCUACAGGUCCAUUUAUUAGUACACAGUUACAGGAAAGUCAGGACCAGCGUAACAUAACAAAAAAGAUUCAAGAUGGUCAGGACACAGGUAAAAAGAUAAUUGACAGUGGAGUGCAGACUGAUGAUGAAGACUCAACAGAAAAGCAGCACAUCGGAAGAAGGAAGAAAAAUAAGAGAAACAUUGAUAGCUCGGCUCAGUCUGACGAUGAAGACCAAGAUGAAUGGGAUGCUCCCACAAAAGCUCGCCGACGGUCUCGCAAGCACAGCAGUGAAGGUAAACAUAGUUCUAAGGUCUCUAGCAUUGCUAUCCAGACAGUCGCUGAGAUAUCUGUUCAGACUGACCACUCUGGAACCAUCAAACGACCCAACGUCCAGAUGGACACCAAGGUGGAAAUAAUCAAACACAUCUCAGCUCCUGAAAAUUCUCAGCGAGGUGGUAGUCUGAGCUGUCAGACCGAUUCAGAUAGAAGACCUGCACCCAAUGAAAUGGGUUACGCGACUCACAUUCCGACUGAUGCUUCGCCUAGAUCUAGAGGUUUCUAUACCUCAGUGUCCCCAUUAUCGCCAGAUAAAUCACUUGGAGGGCAGAGAAUGCUGACUGCGGACCCAACAAGGUUUUACUCAGGCCCUCGAUUGAAGCCUGGCCAGAAGUGUAUGUCUGAUCCUAAAUCUCUGAGCCCCACUACAGAAAACAGGAUGAGUGGAUACUACGCAGACAGUUAUUCUGGGCGAGGCUGUCCCUCUGGAACAGGCAAGAAGGUCAAGCGUACGCUACCAGAUCCACCUCCUGAGGAUGACUCGUUAAUGGGACGGUCUGGCUACAGCACCAACUCUGCCCGUCGCCGUCUUGCCCGCAGUACUACAAUGGCUCGGGCGAAGAUCCUGCAGGAUAUUGACAAAGAGCUUGAUCUGGUAGAGAGGGAAUCUUCAAAACUACGCAAGAAACAGGCUGAACUCGACGAGGAGGAAAAGGAAAUUGACGCCAAACUACGGUACCUGGAGAUGGGUAUCAAUCGCCGAAAGGAUGCCUUACUGAAAGAGCGAGAGAAGAGGGAGAGGGCCUAUCUCCAGGGGGUGGCAGAAGAAAGAGAUUACAUGUCAGACAGCGAGGUUAGCAACAUUAGAGAUGACCGGAGUGAUCGCCUGGAGAGGCCGCGGACAGCGCCCCAAUCUGAGUUUGAUCAAUUCAUUCCCCCACAGACUGAAGCGGAUUCCCAGUACAACACGCUAACAAGCCCCUACUCCCAUUACGGCCAGUAUGUUCCCCAGACUCAAACCACCAGCCAUUACAGUCAACAUAAUCUAUAUGAGCAGCAGUCUGUUUACCACCAACAGGUGUCACCUUACUCAACCUUAUCACUUUCGCGUGGUCAGGAUCAACCUAGCAGCUACCAACAUGCUCUGCUCUUGCAACAAGGAAAGCAGCGUCAAAACAACCUGUCUGAUUUAGAGCCCAAAAUCUCCAGUAACUAUGAGGUCAUACGUAACCAACCUUUAAUCAUAGUGCCGACCUCCUCAGAGAGUGGCUAUGGGGUGGCUCAUCUUGGAGGCAAGUAUGGCAGUUUGGACUUAAGGCUUGGGCUGGAGGAAAGGAGCAUGGCCUCUAGUCCCAUGUCAAGCAUAUCUGCAGAUUCCUUCUAUGCUGACAUUGACCACCAUAAUGCCAGAAACUAUGUGCUGAUUGAGGACAUUGGGGAACUCACCAAAGCCUCCACAGGGUUGGGUACCACUGGCUUGGGUUCAGGAUUUACAAUCCCUGAUAAGGAGUUGUCUAAGGCAGACAGACUACUUAGGGCAGCAGAAGUCAGACGCACAGAGGUAGCAGAUUUUUUAGGACCGUCACAACUUCAAGGUUAUGGUAAAGGAGACGAUGACACUAUGGAGGAACCUUAUGAGUUAAAACUACUGAAGCAACAGAUCAAGCAGGAGUUCAGGCGAGGAACUGAGGGACUAGAGCAUUUAUCGGGCUUGGGCCUUCCCCAGUAUCUCCCCAGUGACAGCAACUUUCGCCACUUCCCAAAAAGUGAAAAGUAUAGCAUUGGAAGACUCACUCUGGAAAAACAGGCUGCAAAACAGCUCCCGGCUGCUGUGCUUUACCAGAAACAGAUGAAGAACAAAAAGGCUUUGAUUGACCCAAAAGCCAUAACUAAAUUCUCCCCAAUUCAGGAGAGUAGGGAUUUGGAACCAGACUUUGGUAGCUACAUCGGAUCUGGAGCUUCUUCUGUGACCAAUCUGGCUGCUAGAGCAAGAUUGCUUCAGGAUGAGAUCACAUUUGGCCUCCGGAAGAACUUAUCAGAGCAACAGAAAUACUUGGGCUCCUCCCUGGGGGCUAAUCUUGCUGGUUCUCUUGGGCAGUCUCUUGGACUUGGGUCCACUAUUAGGGUCACUGUCCAAGAUGACGGCACCUAUCCGAGCGGCAGCCGCUCCAGACCUUCAUCUCGUCCAUCUUCCCGGCCCUCCUCUGUCUAUGGCUUGGAUUUAUCGAUCAAACGGGAUCUUUCCAGCUCCUCGCUCAGACUCAAAACAGAGGGGGAUGUGUUGGAUGCAGCAUUUGCCCCCGGUGUGGCCAGAGCAAAGCCCACCAGUUUGCCUAUCAGCCAAAGUCGGGGCCGUAUCCCCAUAGUGGCUCAAAACUCCGAAGAGGAGAGCCCUCUAAGUCCUGUGGGGCAGCCUAUGGGUAUGGCCAGGGCUUCAGCGGGACCACUUCCUCCAAUCUCUGCCGACUCCAGGGACCAAUUUGGAUCUAGCCAUUCUCUGCCGGAGGUUCAGCAACAUAUGAGGGAAGAAUCUCGGACUCGUGGCUACGAUCGAGAUAUCGCAUUCAUCAUGGAUGACUUACAAGGUGCCAUGUCGGACAGUGAAGGACUCAGUGAGUCCAUGCUGGUGUUGAACAGAGACGAAGCCAGAAUCUUUCAUGAAAGUAUCAGACACGCUGGAGGCCCAAACUGGAAUAUAGAAGCCUACCACUUGCGAAGAGAGGACACGGACUGGUUUGAUAAACCAAGAGAAGGACAUCCCCAGGCCCAGCAUGUGGCGGUGGACCGGAGACAGAUGAAACUGGUCCCUUACGUCUUCCCUCACACUCGUGUGAAGCUCCUGAGAGACCAGAGGGACUCCAGUGUGUCAGGCAACGGUCUUGGGAUACGAGUGGUCGGCGGCAAAGAGAUUCCGGGGAGCCGCGGAGAGAUCGGAGCCUACAUUGCCAGAGUUAUUCCUGGUGGAAUGGCAGAGGGCAAAGUCAUUGAGGGCAUGCAGGUGUUGGAGUGGAACGGGAUCCCGAUGACAGGGAAGACCUACGAAGAAGUCCAAGGCGUCACGGCCCAGGCGUGUGCGGAGGCGGAGCUCUGUGUGCGACUGGACCUGAACAUGCUGUCUGACCCCGAGCACCCACAAGUCCUGGAGCACCACGUUCAGCUUAAGGCCGUCGGUGGGCAGCGUUCUCCCGGUGUGGAUCCUAACCAGCUGGCGGCAGAGCUGCAGAAGGUGUCCCAGCAGCAGGCUCCGGGCAUGCCGGGCGCCGGAGUCGGACCCGGAGGGUUGGGAGCGUUGUCGGCGUUGGAGCGCUCCGCUCUCCUCCACUCAGGCACCGGAUCGGCGGCUUCCAGUGGCGUGCCGAGCCCCGGCCAGCCCGCGUCUCCUGCCAUAAACAAGAAGCAACGACACAAGCCAACGGACACAAUGAAGAUAUCGCACCCCAUUACUGGAGAAAUUCAGUUGCAGAUCAACUAUGACCGAAACGUGGGGAACCUGAUCGUGCAUGUGCUGCAGGCCCGGAACUUAGCCCCGAGGGACAACGACGGCUACUCGGAUCCCUUCGUCAAGGUCUAUCUGCUGCCCGGGAGAGGACAAGUCAUGGUUGUCCAGAAUGCAAGUGUUGACAACAAGAGGAGGACCAAGUAUGCACAGAAGACCAUGAAUCCAGAAUGGAACCAGACGGUUAUCUACAAGAACAUCCAUCUGGAACAGCUGAAGAAAAAGACCCUGGAGGUAACCGUGUGGGAUUACGACAGAUCGUCAUCCAAUGACUUUCUUGGAGAAGUGUUGAUUGACUUGUCAAACACAGCCCAGUUAGACAACACGCCUCGCUGGCUGCCAUUGAAGGAGCAGAGCGAGAGCAUUGAGCACAGCAGAGUCCACCACGGAGCUCAAGGACCACCUGGGUCUGGAUCCACUCAGGGACACGGUCAAGGACACUCCCCGGGCCAGGGCCAUCUAUCAGGGCCCGGGAUGGGGCAGGGGCAAGGAGCAGAACAGGGAGAAGGGAGUUACGAUUCGCCUAAAAACUCUGUAAUCAAGAGCAGAAGCCAUGGAAUCUUCCCUGAUCCAUCCAAAGACUGCCAGAUGUUGCCUCUGGAAAAAUCCCACAGCAGCCCAGGCAGCUCCAAGUCCUCCUCAGAUGGCCAGCUACGCUCCCACGGGCCGUCUCGAAGCCAAAGCAAAAGCAGCGUCACUCAGGCCCACCUGGAGGAUGCCGGGAUAGCCAUUGCUGCCGCCGAGGCUGCCGUGCAACAGUCCCGCCUGCAACCAAGACCAGGACACAGGCUCGGUGAUGUCUCAGGGUCCGUGGUCCUGUCAGCCCCCAGCCUGGUGGGGGACGCCUAUGGCGGGCUGGACGCGAGUGAAGGAGGAGGGACCGGAGUUGACAGCGCCAUUUUUCAAGUGCCACGGAUUGGAACUACUAUUCCCAAUGGAACUGACCAAAACCACCUGGGGACUCCCGAGAAUGAAGGUAAAACCCAAGUGAUGGGAGAGAUCAAAGUGGCCCUCAAGAAGGAGGUGAAGACGGACGGUGACCAGUUGGUCCUGGAGAUCCUGCAGUGCCGAAACAUUACCUACAAGUUCAAAAGCCCGGACCACCUUCCAGACCUGUACGUGAAGUUGUACGUAGUGAACGUGGCCACUCAGAAGAGGAUCAUCAAGAAGAAAACCAGAGUGUGUCGUCAUGACAGGGAGCCUUCUUUCAACGAGACCUUCCGAUUCCCCCUCAACCCCACGGGACACUCCCUACAGCUUUUCCUGGUGUCCAACGGAGGGAAAUUUGUGAAGAAGACCCUCAUCGGGGAAGCCUACAUCUGGCUGGACAAGGUGGACAUGAGGAAGCGGGUGGUGAGCUGGCACAAGCUGCUCGUCAGCUCCACGCCCACCAACCUCUGAAAUGACUUCUGCUGCUAGCAGAUGUCCAAAAAAAAAAAAAAAAAAAAAAAUAGGACUAUUAUUUUAAUUCACA